ACAUGCAAAAAAUAUGGAUUUUUUAACACCGUAGCGGUGAUUUUUAUGUAGAAUAGAAUGCUUUAUCAUGCACACUCUGACGGUUGCUUCAAUAGUAAUAGGAUUAACAUGCGUGGUGCUGCUGGUACUUCUGAGAUGGAAACUGAGGCGCCGCGCCUGCAACAUCGGCAAGAAGGCCAGCUGUAAGUCCCUGGCCCCCGCCUGCUCCCCGGACCCCGUGCGGCUGGUCCAUCGCCUCUGUCCACACAACAACGUGCUGCAGUCCAUAGAGGUGGAAGAGAAGGACAGCCUUGAUGAGCAUCUGGACGUUCUGGCGAAGAAACUGGCUGAGAAGGAAGGCCGUCUCCGCAUAUCAAAAUACAAGAUUCAUCAGACGCAAUGCGAGAUAGAGAACCUUCAGGCUAUAGACCAAAAUGUGCGGUCAAAGUACCAGGAGAUCAUGGGGUCUCUGCGGUGUGACCUGGUCUCCAACGAACAGGAAUGUCACAGGCUGCAGGAACAGAUCGAGUGGGUGACGCGGCGGAGAGCACAGAUUAGACAAGAGGUAAACCGAGGCAAAGAGAUGUACAACAAGGCGGCAGCAGAGCUGGCGACAAACCUGGCGGAAUACCAGCGAGGGCGGGCGGACCAGCCGACGUCAUGGUGCGCGCAGCGACGCCGACAGCCGCCAUCUUGUAGUGAGCGGCGGCCAUCUUGUAGCCCCGUGACGCCAUCUUGCGGUCACAAGGUUCUCGAACCUAGGAUUGCGCCGUUCUGUGCUAGACAUGAGGAUUGAUAAAAAUGUUGUUUGUGGUUUUUAUGGUGCGGAAAUCAUGGUUGUGAUUAUACUUUUUUGUUAUGA